AAGAAAAAAAAAAAAAAAAAAAUUGAAAAUUGGAGAGGAAGAGAAAAGGGUUUACGGCAAAACACAAUUGGAAACAAGCAAUUUAAUCAUGAGUGGAGUAGGAGAAGACAAUGGAUUUGAUCUUAAUUCAUUUGUGAUGACUGUCACACAACAACUCCAAGCUUUAAAUGCGAGAAUGGAUGGAUUUCAACUCCCGAGUCGAACUAGCAGUCGAAGGCAUCCAAGUUCAGAGGAAGAGGAGUAUUCUGAUAGAAGAAGUAAUGAAAGGAGGCGAAGAGUUGAUUCAAGAAGAAAUAGUCAUGUGGGAAGCGUUAAGAUGACGAUUCCUUCAUUCAAAGGUAAAAACGAUCCUGAACUAUAUCUAGAGUGGGAGAGAAAGAUUGAACAUGUGUUUGAUUGUCAUGAUUAUUCUGAGGAGAAAAAAAUUAAGCUAGCUGUUGUUGAAUUCACCGAUUAUGCUAGCAUUUGGUGGGAUCAACUUGUGACUAGUAGGAGGAGAAAUGGGGAGAGGCAAAUCAAUACAUGGAAUGAGAUGAAAAGUGUCAUGAGGAAAAGGUUUGUACCAAGUCACUAUCAUAGAGAUUUGUAUAGAAAAUUACAAACUUUAACACAAGGGUCCAUGAGUGUUGAGGAUUAUUACAAGGAGAUGGAAAUAGCCAUGAUAAAAGCCAAUAUUGAAGAAGAUCGUGAGGCAACUAUGGCUAGGUUCAUUGCGGGGUUAAAGAAAGAAAUAGCUGAUGUGGUGGAAUUACAAUACUAUGUGGAGAUGGAAGAUUUGUUGCACAAAGCUAUUCAAGUGGAAAGACAAUUGAAAACUAAGAAUACUUCCAAGUUUUCUUCUAGUUCUUCAUGGAAAUCAAAUUCUCAAAAUAACAAAUUCGUCUUAAAGCCAAAAGAAGACGCAAGGGCCAAAAACUCAUCUGCUGCACUUAAAGGUAAAUUGGAAACAAGUUCAUCUUCUAGGACUCGAGAUAUGAAUUGUUACAGGUGUAAAGGAAUUGGUCACUAUGCUGCUGAUUGUCCAAACAAAAGAGCCAUGACAUUGUUGGAUAAUGGAGAUAUAAAGAGUGAGGGCUCCGAUGAUGAUGGAAUGCCUUCCUUAGAGGAUUGUAGUGAUGUUGAUGUUGCUGAACCUGUGAGUGGAGAAGUGCUUGUCACGAGGCGUGCUCUUAAUAUACAGCCAAAGGUAGGAGGUGAUGAAGAGCAGCGUGAGCAUAUUUUUCAUACGAGAUGUCACAUAAAUGACAAGGUAUGUAGUUUAAUCAUUGACAGUGGAAGUUGUACUAAUGUAGCAAGCACUUUGUUGGUUGAGAAAUUGAGUUUGCCCACUUUGAAACAUCCGAAUCCAUAUAGACUUCAGUGGUUGAAUGAUUGUGGAGACAUAAAGGUGACUAAGCAAGUGAUGAUUUCUUUUUCCAUUGGUAAAUACAAGGAUGAAGUUCUUUGUGAUGUUGCACCUAUGCAUGCUGGACAUUUACUUCUUGGGCGUCCAUGGCAAUUUGAUAGGAAAGUUAACCAUGAUGGGUACAAGAAUAGAUACACCCUUGUUAUGAAUAAUCGCAUUAUUGUUUUAACACCACUUCAACCUGCUGAGGCCUAUGCUGAUCAAAUCAGAAUUUCAAGAGAGUGUAAGUUGAGAGAAGAACAAUUGAGCAUUCAAGAAAAAGAAAAGAAAAGUGAGAGUGAAAAAAAAAGUGAAAGUGAAAAAAAGAAAAGUGAGAGCGAAAAAAAAAGUGAGAGUGAAAAAAAGAAAAGUGAGAGUGAAAAAAAGAAAAAUGAGGGUGAAAAAAAAAUUGAGAGUGGAAAAAAGGAAGAAAAUAAAAAAAAAGUGAGUGCCUUUGCCAAGAAAAGAGAUGUUCAGAGUGCUUUGAUAUCUAGAGAGAAAAGAAAACAAGAGAGAAAAAUGGGGUUACCAGUAACGUCUAAUACUGGCUCAACAGCAUCAUUUGAUAAAGCUAGUGAAAGAUUGGCGAUUAAAACAAAGAGGAAGAAAGAAAAGGUGAAUGAUAAAACAGGCUUCAUGGUUAGAUAA